GAAAAGAAAAAAAAGAAGUUUCAAUAAUAAUAUUGUCAUAAUAAUAUUAAUAGAUAGGGUUUAAAUUACCGACUAUGACUUUAGAAUUUAAAGGGGUGCGAUUUUGUUGACGGUUAGGUAUAAAUAAGGUAGGUAAUUCAAAUCUACAAUUAACUUCAUCUAUACCGCAAAUUUUAAUCACUAUAAAAAAGGGAAAUGGCAUGAGGCAAAGGACACUAUUAUUUUACCUAGGUUCUUCCCCUAAUCCCUCGGCUUUGUGCUUUCUGAACAUAUUGUAUUUAAUGCUACUAUUUAUUGUAAUAUUAAUUAGCUGGGUGAGUCCAUGUAUGAUUGGUUUGAUUAUUUCGAUACUGACCCCAAAAUAGUUAUCAGUCAUGAGAUCUUGUAAAUCAAUACCGUAAGCAAUAAUUAGCGUGACUACCGACGCUUAUAUAUAGACUAAUAUACCAACGGCGGUCACUAUUAUGACACAAUGAGGGGAGGCUAGACCCAUAGCAAGUGCAUUAUAAAGAAUAAAAAUGGAAUUGUGAAAAUAUCGGAUAUUAUAACAUGGCUUUAGUAUACAGCUGUUGCUUUUGGUUUUCAUUACGUUUGGGAGGAAUUUUAAUUGGUAUAUUCUCAUUUUUUCAGGCGCUAGUAAUACUAGUGUUUUGUUGCCUCGGAUACGGUGAAACCAAGUUACUAAAAGAUGAAAUUACUAAUUGGAUAAAUGACUACAAUCUAAUUUAUGCUAAAAGUUGUUUGGAAAAUGUACAAGCAGAUCCUGAAAAGUUUAUUUCUCUUGGAAUAAGUUUAACUAGCAUAUACAUGAUUGCAUGUCUUAUAUUUAUAUAUGGAGCCUACACGUGUAACAACUUGUUUAUGGUUUUCUUCAUAAUCAUGGAAUUCCUGCGGCUCAUCCUGAUUCUCACACUUGUCGCAACUUCCCUUCUUCUGAUCAAACAGAACACAAUGGAUAUUGGUUUGCUGAUUGGUGCAAGCGUUGCCGGUGGAUUCCUGCUACUGGGAAUGUUCUACUUAUGGGUGUGUGCAACUAAUCUACCUAUUUUAAUAAAUGAAAUGGAACGUGAAGAACAGGAAGCAUUAAUUAAAAAGCUGCAACAGCUUUUAGUAACAAAUCAAAGAGCAGGCCCGCGCGGCAUUGAUACUAUUCCAUUUUCUGCGCAAUCAGAAAACAACAACGUUUUCACUGUCCCAAGGAGGAAAAAUAUUUAUGGUUUUAAUUCUAGAAUACAUUAAAUAAGACAA